CUUUUCGUCGCAUGUCAUGUGCUGCUGGCGGGCGUUCGAACGUUCACAUUUUGAACCGCAGCCAAAUUGCUCGGAGCGGCCGUGUGACCAUUGACUUUGCACCGGCCCCGUGGCAGGCACACCUACCCGGUAUUGUAAGGAACAUUACGUUUGCUUCAAGAACUUAGAGAAUGCCGUCAGCUUCUGCCAUUGCUGUUUGGAGCACUGCUCUCGUGACCUCAGAGGCAGUGGUCGAUCGAUUACCUGUCGAUCGAUUUUCUACCAAUGCCAUUUGCAGGCAACACAACUGCAUCAACCCCAUCUUUCCGGGGCUUCAAGAUCUAGAGAAGCUCCAGGCAGCAGAUUGGACAUGUCCCGAUCCAGAAAGUAAACCUGCCCUCCAGUUCUGUGGUGGCGCCGUUCAACAUCGAGUGGCGCUAAUGCACACGGAUAGCGAAACUGUGAAAAAGCAGGAGGAGAUGGCCUCCACAGCGUAUUUCUACCACCUGUCUGGGAUGAAGAAGGAUCCUUGGGACAGCAGGCAGCCUGAAGCGCACGGCGAUGCUUGCGUGCAGGCAGUUUGGCGGAUGGUAUGCUCCACUUAUUUGCCGAAGGCUCCAGUCCACUGCAAGAAGGGUGAGAAGAUUCCAUACCUCAUACCCUGCCAAAGCGAGUGCAGGGGCUAUUUGGAUGCCUGCAAUGUCGAGUGCUGCGACGAGAGUGUGCAAUGCACUCCAGAGAAGGGCGUGCACUUCGAGAAACCUUUUAGCAACUUCACAGGGUACUCCACUGCAACGGCACCUUCGGCCGAAUGCACUGGGAACAGCGCUAGAAGAUCUGCAGGACCAUCUGUUCUGCUUUUGUUUGGCAUCCUGAGCUACUUCAGCUCUGCUGUUGAACUGACCCCUUCUGGUGGUCGAUCCAAGCUGCUCUUAGUGCUGGCGUUGGCCGCCAUGAACUUGCAAGGCUGCGACAUCAUGGUCAGCCAUUCAUCCGGUACAUGGGAGAUGAGGCCCAAUUACAUGCUUUCUUUUUCGGUGAAGAACACCCAGGUCGAGGGAGAUUCUGGCAUAACGACAGCCACGACCGGCGGAAUGCGCAUAGUGACCAAGUCCUCCAUCAACUCCUGUAGCCUUCCAGAGCUGGACGACUCGCAGAAGUGCAACGGGCAUGGCGAGUGCAAGGAGUUUGCCGCAGGACUCUCCUUUUGCCAGUGCGCCACUGGCUGGACGGAUCCAGAGUGCCGAACCGGGCGCAAAUCGCAGCGUUCAGCUUUCCUGCUUUCUCUUUUCACAGGCUUCCUGGGCUUGGACCGUUUCUAUCUGGGAGAGCUCUCUGCUGGAACCUUGAAGCUGGCCACCCUGGGUGGCUUUGGAAUCUGGUGGCUUUGGGACAUCAUGUGGAUUGGUUCAGCGCCGAUCUACACCAGGCAACACGGACGUUUGGCUGCAGAUCUGCCGCAUCACAUCUUCGUCAUUUUGGCUGUCAUUUGGGUGGCCUUGAUGGGCUAUUUCAUCUUCGGAGUGGUGGGCGCCAUGUGGCACGAGAGUCGAAUUCUGCACCGUGCCCUGCUGAAGGUGGAGCAGAUCCACCAUCACCUGGCCAAGCAACGGCUGACUCAAAACGAGGACAUGGAGGGAAUGCCGACAAAGGCAACGAUCCGCGUGGCGGCGCCGCUGACUGGGCCACGUGACUUCUACGGUUCUAUGGCGCAGACGGCUCCAGAGGUGAAAUUGGCAGCCUACAAAAAUGAGAUGUCGCCCUUCUUUCUUUAUGCCAAAGCUUCGGAACAGCCGCAGGUCAAGAACUCAGGAGUCUUCCAGCGACCUGCGGGAUCUCCAUAAAAUGAGGUAUCCUCUACAUAGUUGGUACUGGCUCAUGCGUUGGAAAACAGCUUGAAGACUCUGGCAUUUUGCGCACUUGCUGGCUGCCUGUCGUUCCUUCCAAACGCAUGGCCUACAAUGUCUGACCAAAAGUCUG